AUGACAACAACCUCGUCCUGCAAGAAUACGAGCGGGCGGUCAGCGGGCCGACAAGAGGCGAGCGCUGCCCCAAGCGUGUCGGGAGGUGCACAGAGCCAAGAGGACGCCUCCACGGAGGAGCACGGCGCCCGCAGGCGUCGUCGUCCAAAGGCUUUCGCCCGGAUGUGCAACUACACCAAAACAUCGGGGCAGGCCGACCUCCCCCACCCUGCAGGAGACCGCGGCGAGGGGUUGACACGGGCCACCAGUGAAGGGGGAGCGGUCGAGCUGCAGAGGGCCCACAUCGCCGGCCGUCCAAGCCGAGCCGCGCGCCGGGGGCCGGGAUCAACGGCCGGACACCCGGGGCGAGAAAGGAUGGCCGGAAAACGCAGGAGCCGGGGGCGAGCCUCACGCGAGGAGACCCGAGCCACCACGGCCAGAACCAGCGGGGGAUGGAAGAGGAGCUCUGCGACCCAGCAGGCCCGCAUGGCGCCAGGGGGCGGUGCACAGCAGACGGCGGAGGGCCUCACCACGGCGGAGGGCAGCCGGCAGGCCCAGCCCCGUGGCCUCCACGGCCAGAACGGACGGGGACGAAGGGCUCCCGGCAGCCAACGCCGGGGCGACGCGCAGGACGAGGACGCCCCGCCGCCGCGACGGGACCGCCCACGGGCAGCAGGCCGCGUGGCGGAGCAGGGGCAGCACGCCCGCGCGGCGGAGGAGCAGCGCCGAGGACGAGCACGGCAGGGCCGGCGGCGCGCGAGGGGCGGACGAAGAGGAGGGGUUGGGGGGAGCUCGGGGGGAUUUGGAUUUUUGGGGGAAGAGCCGGAGGUGCUCCCCGCCGCCUCCGUCCGCCGCGGCGCGGCCUCCUCCGGCGGCGGCGGGAGCUGUUAG